AACCGGAAGUACUCGGUGGGGAGCUCAGGGAAGUCAGUGUGUGUGUAUUCACUCUCCUCUGGAGGAGCCGACAAUGUCCAUUGAUCAGUAUUGGUGACUAAUUGAGUGGGUUGAAGCAUGCAUUGAUUUGGAAUAGUCAUGGUCCGUUCUGCGUAUUCAGUUUAUCGGAGAUUAAAUGGUCUUUUCACUGUGUACAAACCCCCCGAUGUUAGCUGGAAGCUGGUCCGUGACAUAGUGGAGACAAACCUACUAAAAGACCUGAACUCCCUAGAACAGCGUGCACCUCGUCACCAAGUCCGAUUUCUGCCUGCUGCUACAGAAGGUACCAAUGGGGUACAGAUAACCAGGGUUGCUACUGCCGUGCCCGUUUUGGCAGAUCAUGCACUGGUUAAAGGAGAAUCGUGCUCUCAUCUUAAAGUCGGAGCUGGGCACAGGCUGGAUGUUAGGUCAUCUGGGGUCUUUGUGUUGGGUGUUGGCCAAGGGAACCGGCUUUUAACCGAUAUGUACAGCAGCCAUUGUACCAGGGAUUACACCGUUUCCGGUCUUUUUGGAAAAGCUACAGAAGAUUUCUCAGACACUGGGAAGGUGAUUGAGAAGACCACAUACAGUCACAUCACAAGAGACAAGUUUGAGCGGAUUCUGGCUAUGAUCCAAGGAAGCAACCAAAAGGCCUUGCUCAUGCAUACUCACAUGGAUCUGAGGAGUCAGGAAGCCUACGAGCUAGCAGUGGAAGGCCGCCUGCGACCCAUGGUGAAAUCCCCUCCCAUCAUCCUCGGAAUGCGUUGUUUGGAACUCUCUCCACCACACUUCACAUUAGAGAUAGAAUGUAUGCACGAAACGCAGCAGUAUCUGCGUAAAAUCGUUCACGAGAUCGGCCUGGAGCUGCGUUCCUCUGCUGUAUGCACUAAAGUGCGUCGCAUCCGGGACGGACCUUUCACUGUCGAUGGUGCUUUACUCCGAACACACUGGGAUCUCCAGAGCAUCUCCCAAGCCAUAAGCAAGAACAGAGGUCAAACUGCGGAACUGAUGAAGACAACCAUCUCAAAUCUGGAUCAGCAAAAUCAGUAUAGCAAGCCACAGACUACUGAGAGGGAGGAAGAGUUUCAGCAAUAGACUUAUCCCAACUGACAAUCCUCCCAAUUCUUAUAACCGCUCUACUAUAUGGACACCCAGGUAUAGCGUAGGAUAUCAUCCUAUGGCCCCAGGUGCCUCCAUUCAUUUAUCUAUACAGGAAAAGUCCUACAAAAUCUGCAAUCCGUUUUUCAAACUGUUUUCAAGGGCACCAAAUCCCAACCUUCCCUCCUGGUGAUCACCCCAGCAGGAUCUUGUGCAAUUUUUACAGCAAUAGAAGGGUUAACUGGCCGGGCCAAAUUCCAGCUAAACAUAUAUGUACUGCACACUGACAGUAAAAAGGAUUAACCUUCCUCAUAUGACAUCCCGGGCUAAGCGACCAGCUUUGCCACCUCGGAAUCUUUUAGGUUUGUCUGUUUUACAAACCAUUUAAAACCAGUUUGACAGGGACAGCACCAUAACCACUUCAGUAAGCUGCCGUGGUUAAAUUAACUCGAGACAAGGAUGCAAAAUGCCAGCAAUUUGCAAUAAUUUAUUUUAAAAUGAUCUGGAAUUUAAAAUAAUGCAUUUAUUAAAUAUUUCUUACAUUCA